GACCCGGGAGAAGCUUCAGAGAGAGAGACACACACACACACACACAGAGACGUGUUCAAUGGCGGAGUGGAAGCAGAAGUGUGAUUCGGAGUGGCAGCUGGGAGCUAACGGGGUUUCUUUACCGGACACCGUGGACUGGAAAACAGUGUACGAGAGGAAACCACUGGGGCGGAAUUUACUGAAGAACCCGUCGCCGUUCGGAUUGACUCAUGACACGCCUCCGCCUGAGCGCGAGUUCACGGGACAGCAUCCGGACCCUGACCUGCCACCGCAGUUUGAACCGACCGGCGAUUUCUCAGGUUGGAGCACGAGUUCAGAGCGGCUGCCCCUGGACACCAGCGGGAUUCCACCAGGUGUUGUGAUCUGCUAUCUGCCAAGCUACAGCUGGUUCUCCUUGGAGCAGCGAGUCGAUCUGAAAGCUGAAGGAUUGUGGGAUGAAUUACUCGACUCGUUCCAGCCAGACAUCGCUGUGGAGGACUGGUAUGAGGAGAGUCAACUCCAUAAAUCUAUCUACGAGCUUCAUGUCAAACUCUUGGCUGCUGACGGCCAAACGGUGAUUAAGGAGCACACGUGCAGCCCCACAGAGAACUUGGACGUCUACUCUCACACGUGGAAACAGGUUUCGCACGUGUUUUCAGGCUACGGGCCCGGCGUGAGAUAUGUUCUCUUCCAACACAAAGUGAAAACUAAGUUCAUGGUCGAGUUCUUCGGCACUGUGGUCACCGGGAGCUCUGUUGUCGUCAAGCCGACCAAAUCCAGCCCAAAAUAAUACACUGCAACGUGAUGUUUACUGUAUGAUUUCAUCUGAAAUUGAUGAUGCAGCAGUGAGAGAAGGCACUAAUACACAACACUCGCUUCUUCUGUAACGCACUAUUAACAUGUAAGGACGAAGGAUUUAUGUACAGUACGAAUUCAGCUCGUCUUAAAAAAAAAUGGAUUGCACUUUAAUAAACCAAAGAAUUUCACAACACCAAG